AUGGACGGUCUGUUCAUAAUCCUCACUGCUUUUGCUAUCAACUGUCUUUUACAAUGGUCAUGGUCCUGCCAAGGGAUUAUUGAUACACCAAACACGGAGUAUGAUUUCAUAAUAGUGGGAGGAGGGUCGGCUGGCUGUGUUUUGGCUCGGAGAUUGUGGGAAAACACCAAUUAUACAAUCCUCGUGAUAGAAACGGGCACUACAGCACCAUGGAUAAGUGCUGUUCCACUUCUCGCACCAGCACUGCAAGGUUACACAGCAGAUUGGGCAUACAAAACAACAAAUCAAAAACACUCACAGUUCGGAUUGAACGAUCGUAAAUCAGCAUGGCCCCGAGGCAAAGUACUUGGAGGAAGUAGCGUCCUCAACUACAUGAUUCACACAUGGGGAACAAAAUCGGACUUCGAUGACCUCUGGUCCAGAGUGGGACCCGACUGGAAUUUCGAUUCUGUUCUUCCGUACUUCAAGAAAGCGGAGAGCUUCCAUCGAACCUCCGGAGCCUCUGUGUCUGAGAAACGAGGUAGUGAUGGUCCAAUGCCAGUUUUGGAGUUCGACGUUUCAGAAUCUGAGCUAGCAAAGGCUUUCCUUGAAAAUGCUAAGUCUAUGGGAAUCAACGUUGGAGAGUUGAAUGGAGAACUAGAACACGGAGCUAUGCCCACACAAAGUAAAAUUAUUUUUGAGAAAAAGAAGGCGGCUAAAGUGGCGGCAGUAAAUCUUUUCUCUGGAAAAACUCAUGUGAUACGAGCGAGAAGAGAAAUCAUACUAAGCGGAGGUGUGAUAGAAACACCGAAACUGUUGUUGUUAUCGGGCAUUGGCCCGGAAAAGCAUCUACAGGAUUUUAACAUUAAUGUUGAAGCCAAUUUGCCAGGAGUGGGCUCCAAUUUACGAGAUGAGCUUAAUGUUCCUUUAUACUUCCAUAUUCAGGAGCCAAUUAGCAUUACGACUCGAAAAAUAAGGUCUCCCAUCGACAUAUGGAAAUAUUUCUCCCAAGGAAAAGAAUCAUUCUCAUCUUCAUCAUCACCAUCUUCUUUUGGAGAAUUCCGGACUUCUGCUAUUAAGUCCUCAUCAUUGAGCAACUGGAAGCCUGCAUCUUCCAUGUCACAAUUCAACCAAUCUUUCUUAUUUUUUAAAGGUCACCUUGCUAACAGCGGUGUUGAAGUGAUAACCCGACUUCCUUUUCCUGGCAAUGAAACAGUUCAUUCGAAGAUAUUUCUGAUGCUGUUUAACUUAGGCUCCAUCGAUGAAGACACAUUCACAUCCAUUUCGAACUUCAAAUCUCGUGCGUUUUCACAGACAUUUCCAGACACGAAAAAUGACUCUAAAGAAGGUUUCAUUAUUUUAGCAUCUUGCACCCACCCCAGCAGUCAAGGAACUGUUCGAUUAUCUUCGGACCAUCCCCUGACGCCCGUACUCAUCGACCCCAACUAUUUGAGUGAAGCAAAAGAUGUGAAAUGCCUGGCUGAAGCUAUGAGCAUAGCGGGAAAACUAGGUACCGUUGGUACGUUGCGAAAGUAUGGUUCAUGCCUGCAUCUACCUGCUUAUGAUCAGUGUUUCCAAUUUGAGACCAAUAUGGAAAAUGAUAAGUAUCUGGAGUGUUGGAUAAGGACAUCUGCAAUAACCUCUUACCAUCCAGUAGGCACUUGCGCAAUGGGACCUGAUGAUGAUCCUCUGGCUGUACUUGACUCAAAACUAAGGGUCAGACGUGUUAAAAACCUCAGAGUUGUCGAUGCGUCAUCUUUUCCAUACUCUAUAUCUGGGAACCCUCAUGCUGCGGUGCUAAUGCUGGCUGAAAAAGCAGCGGACAUCAUUUUAGCAGAUCACAUGGAAUGA